AUGGCCUCCAUCCUUUCUAGUGCGACCCAGGCAGCACACACUGCCGCAGUUUCUCUCAUGAGUGCGGCCGAGGUAAAACCGGGCUCGACCAUACCGACCGCUGUACCCAUUAAGGAAGACGAGGCGCGAAGCACUUUCACGUUUGCCGGUAUCACCGGCAAGAAUGUCUUUGUCGGCGUUCCGGGUGCGUUCACAGGCACCUGUAGUGCCCAGAUACCCGGGUACAUCAAGGCAUAUGAACAGUUCAAGAGAAGAGGCGUGAAUAACAUCUACGUCGUCGCCGUCAACGAUGUAUUUACCUUGAAAGCAUGGAAGGAGCAGCUUGCGAGCGACGGCACUCCCAUCCAUUUCAUCGCCGACGACAAGGGUGCAUUCGUUGGCGCUAUGGGGUUACUGUUCGAUGCUUCCGAAGUGCUCGGGGCGCCAAGAGCCAAGCGCUUCGUUCUCAUCACCGAGGGUGAAAACAUUACCCAUGUUGCCAUAGAGCCGGUCACUUCCGAGCUUACUAUCACAGCGGCAGACAAAAUUCUCCCUCUUCUGUAG